AUGGCCGCCAGAGUGCUCCGCCGCGCCGGCGCGCGUCGCGCCUUCUCCGCCGAGCCCGCCCCGGCCUACGCCUCGGAGCGCAUCAACGCGGCGACGGCGCCGACGCUCAUGGAGAUCGGCUGCCGCGACAUCUUCGACGAGGAUCACGACGCAUUCCGCCAGAUGUGCCGCGACUUCUUCGCCAACGAGGUCAAGCCCUUCCACAAGGAGUGGGAGAAGGCCGGCGAGGUGCCGCGCGAGCUCUGGACCAAGGCCGGCGACCUCGGGCUGUUGGCGUGCAUGGUGCCCGAGGCCUACGGCGGCCUCGGCACGGACUGCCGCUUCCCGGCCGUCGUCUGGGAGGAGCAGUCCUACAGCGGCUGCACGGGCCCCGGCUUCGCCAUGCACAGCGACAUCGUCGCGCCCUACAUCACGAACUACGGCACGGAGGAGCAGAAGCAGCGCAUCCUCCCGAAGCUCGUGAGCGGCGAGUGGAUCGGCGCGCUCGGCAUGACGGAGCCGUCCGCGGGCAGCGACUUCGCCAACAUCAAGACCACGGCCGUCAAGGACGGCGACGACUACGUCAUCAACGGCUCCAAGGUCUUCAUCACCAACGGGUGGAUGGCCGACGUCACCAUCGUCUGCGCGAAGACCGACGCGUCGAAAGGCGCGCACGGCGUGUCGCUCUUCCUCAUCGAGGACGGCAUGAAGGGCUUCACCAAGGGCAACAAGCUCGAGAAGAUGGGCAUGAAGGCCCAGGACACGUGCGAGCUCUUCUUCGAGGACCUGCGCGUGCCCAAGUCCGCGCUCCUCGGCGAGGAGGGCAAGGGCUUCUACGCGGUCAUGUCCGAGCUGCCCCAGGAGCGCCUCCUCAUCGCCGACAUGGGCGUCUCCGCCGCCGAGGCCGUCUUCGAGUGGACCCGCGACUACACCAUGGACCGCUCGGCCUUCAAGGGCAAGCUCUCGAACCUCCAGGUCGUCGGCCACAAGCUCGCGGAGAUGAAGACGGACAUCUGCGUCGGCCGCGCCUUCGUCGACAACUGCAUCGCGCUCCACAGCCAGCGCAAGCUCGACUCCGUCCAGGCGUCCAUGGCCAAGUACUGGUGCACGGAUUUACAGUGCAAGAUCGCCGACGCGGGCGUCCAGCUCCACGGCGGCUGGGGCUACAUGUGGGAGUACGACGUCUGCAAGGCCUUCGUCGACGGCCGCGUCCAGCCCAUCUACGGCGGCGCCAACGAGAUCAUGAAGGAGCUCAUCUCCCGCUCCAUCACGAACCCGCGCCACUAG